CGCCCGCCGGUAUCUGUGAGGAAUCAAACUGGCGUUUACUCCUUACCUUUAGCGGCAGCCCAGAGUCCGUCACAGCCGGCGGGGGCUCCAGAGUCGCGACUGUCAUGCCUCUCGAUGGGGAUGGCGAUGGCGACAAGAGGAAGAUUUUCAUUGCGGCCACUGCAGGCAACUACUUUGGGCUGUCGUCGUUCGGGAGCCUGGCGCCUCUCUCUGCCAGUGCCAAAUUGGCCAACUUUUUGGAUGAUGGGAACGAGUUUCUUCUUUGUGUGCAGCAUUCAGAUGACGAGAUCGUUGUCUCCAAUCAGGUUGAAGCUGGCAAUUCAGAAGACAAAAUGCUGGUAUUCUUCAAGCUACGACCAGAUGUUAUUACAGAAGAUAAUCUUCACACUAAUAUUCUUGUAUCAUCUAUGUUAGAUUCUCCAGUUAAUAUGCUUUAUCAAGCAGUGCGACAGGUAUUUGCACCAGUGCUACUGAAAGAUGAAAAAUGGAGUAAAGAUUUUGAUCCCAAACUACAAAAUCUUUUGCGGGAGUUAGAAGCUGGCUUAGGUUCUGUUCUAAGGAAAACAGAUACUACUUAUACAGGAACAAAAUAUCGGGAGGAUGAUGUUCAAGCAAUACUUUGCCCAAAUGAUGAAUUUCAAUUCUGGACAGAGCGUGCUCAACAUGGAAGUAAAUCAUGUAGCAAGGACAGAGCUUCUCAUUUUAAAGAGCUGUUUGAAGCCAUUGCAUAUGAUUAUUACAAUUUGGACAGCCUGUCUUUAUUUGAGGUUGUGGAUUUAGUGGAGACUACGCGGGACACUGUGGAUGAUGUCUGGAGACAAUCUGAUCAUGAACCUUUUCCACAACCACGCAUGAAAAAUCUUUUGGAUGUCAUAGCUGGCUCUCUUGGAAGAUUUGUUCAGAAGAAGUUAGGUACUUUAAAUCUAUGGGAGGAUUCGUUUCACAUUGUAAAAGAAAAUCUGAAGGCUGGCAUCAUAAUUUGUGAACAGUGGGUUGCAGCCUGUGAUCAUCUUACCGGGCAGUUAUGGCAGCGUUACACCCCACAUAUAUGGCAAGCAGAGAAAUAUAUUCCUGAAACACUAGGAAAACUUGGCAAACGCCUUGAAGAGGUAUUAAGUAUUCGAUCACUUCAUGAGAAACUUACAUAUUUUCUGCCAACUGGUGAGCAGCAAGCAUUGCAUCUUGCCCAAGUGUUUGAACCUUUUGCUGGGUUGAAUCCUGUGCAUUACAAUCCCUAUACUGAGCCUUUAUGGAAAGCAGCAGUACGUCAAUAUGAAAGAAUUAUUGCUCCAGCAGAACAAAAAAUAGCAAGCAAAUUGAAAAGCUUUAUUUCAGAAAUCCAAGAUAGUCCACAACAGCUUCUUCAGGCUUUUCAGAAAUACAAGGAAUUAGUACGACGUCCAAGCAUUAGCAAAGAAUUGCUUUUAGAAAGAGAAACUUUGCUGGCAAAACUUCAAGGCGCAGUUAAAGAUUAUCAGACAGAUUUUGAGACACGAUGUCAUGGCACUCCAGGGGAUGCAUCAGGGCCACUGUCAGGCAAAAACCUCUCUGAGGUUGUGAAUAAUAUUGUCUGGGUACGCCAGCUAGAAUUGAAGGUGGAUGAUGCCAUUAAGAUUGCAGAGGCCCUUCUUUCAGACCUAUCUGGAUUUCAAAAUUUCCGACAAACUGCAGAUGACCUCCUAGAACAAUUCAAAAUGUACGAACAAGAACAAUUUGAUGAUUGGUCCAGGGACAUUCAAACAGGUCUCUCAAACCCAAAGUCUGGUCUUUGUAUACAGGCCAAUAGUCCUGUAAUGGAACUUGAUCAUUCCGAUGGAGCCUUAAAAAUACAUUAUUCAGAUCGCUUGGUAACUCUCCUGAGAGAAGUACGUCAGCUUUCUGCACUUGGGUUUCUCAUUCCUGCCAAAAUACAACAGGCUUCAAACACUGCUCAAAAAUUUUGCAAACAAGCAGUGAUUCUCAAACAGGUGGCCCACUUUUAUAACAGUAUUGAUCAGCAAAUGAUUCCAAGUCAGAAGCCAAUGAUGCUGCAGUCGGCUUUAGCAUUUGAACAGAUAAUUAAACACUCAAAAGCAGAAGGACAAAUAACAUGGGACAAUCCUAAAGAACUAGAAAUAUAUAUCAAGAAACUCCAAAGUGCAGCAGAACGGCUUGCCACAGAAAACAGAAAGUUAAGAAAAUGGCACACCAAUUUUGUAGAAAAAGUUGUUGCCCUGAUGAACAUUGAUCUGCUUCGUCAACAGCAACGUUGGAAAGAUGGCUUACAGGAGCUUCGGGGAGGAUUCUCCAGCCUUGAAUCACAGGGUUUCCUUUCAAAUGAUAUGAAAGCAUGGAGGCUUCAUUGGAACCACCAACUGUACAAAGCUCUGGAGCAUCAGUAUCAAAUGGGCUUGGAGGCACUCAAUGAAAAUCUGCCAGAAAUAAACAUUGAUUUAACUUACAAACAAGGAAGAUUGCAAUUCAAACCCCCUUUUGAAGAAGUACGAGCAAGGUAUUACAGAGAGAUGAAGAGAUUCAUUUCUAUUCCUAACCAAUUUAAGGGAGUAAGUGAGACAGAUGAAGAGUGCAUUUUUUCUGUCAUGACUGAAAGAAAUGCAAGUGGAUUUCUGACCACAUUUAGUAAAGCAGAAGACUUGUUCCGAAGAUUGGCAGAAGUUUUAGAUCAAUUUAAGGAAUGGGUGAUAAUUGGACAAGUUGAUAUGGAAGCUUUGGUGGAGAUUCAUCUUUUCAAAGAACAGGAUUGGGAGAAAAAUUUCAAAGCCCUAAAAGUGAAAGGAAAAGAAGUGGAACGUCUUCCAAGCAUUGUGAAAGUAGAUUGCAUCAUAGUGAAUUGCAAUCCUGUGAAGUCUGUGAUCGAUGAUCUUAUCCAGAAGUUAUAUGAUGUUCUAGUGAUGUCUUUGAGAAAAUCUAUACAAGGUCAUCUGCAUGAUAUUUCUUCAUUUCUCAAUGAUGCUAUGAAUGCCUUAGUAAUUAGGCCUCAGACAGUGGAAGAAAUAACAGAAGAUAGUUUAAAAUAUAAAAACUUAAAAGAAAAAAAAGAAGAGGUCUUUAUCCUUUUCCAAGAAGCAGAAAGUAAAAACAAGCUUCUCCGAACUGUGGCCGGUGGGGGCAUUGAAACAAUUGGCAGCCUGAGAGCGACAUGGGAUAAAUUUGAGUUAAUGAUUGAGAGUCAUCAACUGAUGAUUAAAGAACAGAUCGAUGUGAUGAAAGGCAAUGUGAAAUCCCGUGUUAAUAACUACCUUCAAGAACUGGAAAAAUUUAAAGCUCGAUGGGACCAGUUGAAACCUAGUGAUGACAUCAUUGAAACAGGACAUCAUGAUUUGCUACAGAAAAGUGCUGAGAGCAUAAAGGAAAAAAAAAUUGAGUUUGAUGAACUCGAGGACAUAAAGCAAAAACUUAUUAAUGACUGCUGUCACUUUGAAUUAGAAGAGCCUGAUUUCUCUUUAGCCAAUGAAAUACGCAAAGACAUUGAAUGCUGUGCUGAGGUUUGGUCAUUAUAUGAACAAUUUUAUGAAGGUUUUCAAGAAAAAGCCAAUGAAGAUUGGAUUACAUUUAGGAGUAAGACCUACCUAUUUGAAGAAUUUUUGUUGAACUGGCAUGAAAAACUGAGAAAGGUUGAAGAACACACAAUAAUGACUGUGAAGUUGCAAAAAGAGGUGGAUAAAUACAAGAUGAUCCUUCCUAUAUUGAAAUAUGUUAAAGGAGAACACUUAUCACCAGAUCAUUGGCUGGAUCUCUUUCGCAUUCUUGGUCUCCCUAGGGGUACUAGUUUAGGUAAUCUGAUGUUUCGAGACCUCCUAAAAGUGGCAGAUGUCAUUGUGGAAAAAGCAGCAGAACUUAAGGAUUUGAACAGCAGGGCUCAUGGUGAGGUCACCAUCAGAGAAGCCUUGCGUGAGCUUGAGCUUUGGGGAGCUGGAGCUGUCUUUACAUUAACAGAUUAUGAAGAUAGCCAGAGUCGGAUGAUCAAAUUGAUUAAGGAUUGGAAAGACAUAGUCAAUCAAGUUGGUGACAAUCGUUGUCUACUUCAGUCAUUAAAAGACUCUCCAUACUACAAAGGUUUCCAAGAUAAAGUUUCUGUUUGGGAGAGGAAACUUGCUGAACUGGAUGAGUAUCUACAGAAUUUAAAUCAAAUUCAGAGGAAAUGGGUAUAUCUGGAACCCAUUUUUGGUCGUGGAGCUUUGCCUAGAGAGCAAGCACGCUUCAACAGAGUAGAUGAAGACUUUAGAUCAAUACUGGCAGAUAUCAAACAAGAUAACCGUGUAAUUUCUUUGAAUACUCGAGCAGGAAUAAGGACUGCCUUAAUUACUAUCCUUGACCAGCUUCAGAGAUGUCAAAAAUCUUUAAACGAAUUCUUGGAGGAAAAGCGUUCUGCAUUCCCUAGAUUUUAUUUCAUUGGAGAUGAUGAUCUUCUGGAAAUCUUGGGUCAGUCUACUAAUCCAUUAGUCAUCCAGUCUCAUCUGAAGAAGCUAUUUGCUGGAAUUCACAGUGUAAGCUUUGAUGAAGAUUUUAAAAACAUUAUUGCAAUGAAAUCUUUAGAAGGUGAAACUGUACCUUUCAAAAAUAAAAUUCUACUAUCCAAUGAUGUUGAGGUAUGGCUGAACAAAUUAUCUUUAGAGAUGAAGGAGACAUUAAAACAACUGUUGAUUGACUGUGUAACCACUGGGAAAAGAUUACAGGGUUCAAUUGAUCCAUCACUUUUCCCGUCACAGAUUCUGUGUUUGGCUGAACAAAUUCAAUUCACAGAAGAUGUUGAGUAUGCAAUCAAAGAAUGUAAUUUGCAACAGAUAGAAUUAGAACUAAUGGCUAAAUUGGAACAUUAUACCAGUAUAGAUACUAAUAUAGAAGACCCAGGCAAUGCAGAAUCUGGAAUCCUUGAGUUAAAGCUUAAAGCCCUAAUUUUGGAUGUUAUUCAUAAUAUUGAUAUUGUACAACAGUUGAAUGAGGCUCAGGUCCGUAGUACUGAUGACUGGGCCUGGAAGAAGCAACUCAGAUUUUAUCUUAAGGAUAAAAAAUGUUAUAUUCAAAUGGUGGAUGCUGAACUACAGUACACUUAUGAAUAUCAGGGGAAUUCACCAAAGCUUGUUUAUACACCAUUAACUGACAAGUGUUACUUUACGCUUACUCAAGCUAUGAAGAUGGGCCUUGGAGGAAAUCCUUAUGGCCCAGCUGGAACUGGCAAGACAGAAUCUGUAAAGGCUCUAGGAGGUUUACUUGGGAGACAAGUUUUGGUGUUUAACUGUGAUGAGGGCAUUGAUGUGAAAUCAAUGGGGCGAAUAUUUGUUGGUUUGGUGAAAUGUGGAGCCUGGGGCUGUUUUGAUGAGUUCAAUCGUCUGGAGGAAGCUGUACUCUCUGCUGUAUCUAUGCAGAUUCAGACAAUUCAACAUGCUUUGAAGAAACACCAACCUGUUUGUGAAUUACUUGGAAAAGAGGUAGAAAUGGAUCAUAAUUCUGGAAUUUUUAUCACCAUGAAUCCUGCUGGGAAAGGCUAUGGAGGCAGACAGAAAUUGCCUGACAAUCUCAAACAGCUUUUUAGACCAGUUGCUAUGACUCGUCCUGAUAAUGAGCUAAUUGCAGAAGUGAUAUUAUAUUCGGAAGGUUUUAAAGAUGCUAAACCUCUGGGAAGAAAACUGGUAGAUAUUUUUAAUUUAGCACGGUAA